GCCACGCCGUCCCUAUAAGAUAGUUAACUAUAAGAAAACAUAACGUCCAUGUCUAGACUAAUUCGGGAACAAUGUGCUUUUUAAUGUAAAUACUGUAUAUAUAAGUAUAAUCUUUUGCAUCGAUGCCUUAUUUUGAAAAGAGGAAGUACUCCAUCGUUGUCGCUACCGCUAGCUUGCAAUGGAUAAGCUGCUUGAGGAAGCAACACAAAUUUGACACAAGAGGAGGAGCAGUGAUACCAUGUGGGAGUCACAUGAAUGAGAAGGAUGAGGCCUGAUCAACAAGGAGGCAUCUUUAGGAGAAAACUACUAAACACACCGGAGGGGCUUUGUCACUGGUAGAAGUCCUGCAGUAUAAGCACCCUGCGUGGGGACCCAUUGGUGAAUAUAUGCAAUGAACAGUACCACUCCGUCCCCCACAAUCAAUGGGGAUGUGGCAGUCAGCUAUGUGUUGGUGCCAUUUUUCCUCCUCACCAUAUUUGGAAUCGCUUUAGCUGUGAUUGUGUACAUUCGUAAGAAAAGGAGAAUCGACAGACUCCGCCAUCAGCUGUUACCAAUUUACACAUAUGACCCUUCAGAGGAGGUGAAUGAAGCUGAACAAGAGAUGCUGUGGAAAGAAGAGGACACUAGGGUUGUUCAAGGUUGGGCACGAAGUUAUCAACAGCGGCGCCCUCUUCUGUCCAAAGAUGCUUGAAGAUUAGAAACCAUGGCAGCUCCAGGGGAGUAGCUGCACUAAACACAGGCUAGGUAUUUUUGCCCAUGGUUAUUAUUUUGCCCAAUUCAUAAACUACAACAGGCAACCUAGUUGUGGUAUGCUAAUACCAAAUGCUGAACUUUCAACUUAUUUAUUGUUAAAUAAUUUAUGAGCUUUCACUUUGCUCUCCAUUUAAGGAGCUCAGUGUUCAGGUGCAACUUGCCGUACCCUGUAAAAUGUUCUUUAUUUACAUCAGAGACAGAGUAUGGUGUGAUACAUAGGACUCAGUUGUUUACUGUAGAACAAGUUCAAACCAUCUGUGUGGUAUGAGACUUACUGAACAUGUCCAUCUGGGUAUGCAGCACAUAAAAAGACAGAUUUACAUAAAAUCGUCUUUCUGGAUAAGCAAGCUAUUAUUGAAGGCCUAGUUCUGGUCACUUUCACUUUUUAUUUUACUCAAUGAAUGAAUCACUAUGGUUUUGUUUUUAUUUACACACAAUGUGGUGAACUGCCACAUCCACUGGUCUGGAUCAUUUUGUGGCUUUGCCAAAUCAGAUCAUUCUAUUGGAAGGCAUGAAAAGCUCAAUAUGAAAGUAAACCCGAUCCAGUUUUCCUCUGAAUGACUCCUGCUACAAAUAUGUCCUGUGCAUAAGAUAUGGCACCAACCAGGAUACACAUCCAGCCAGGAAUGAAUGCCAUCAUUCUGACUGUACACAACAUACCCUCCUACUUUUAUUUCCUUUAACCUUAGUUAGCCUUUUGUUGUAAUUCAUAAAUGAGCAGUUUAUUUAAUUUGAACAAAUCAUGCAUUCAAUUCGACUGAGAGGAAGUGUGUUGAUAAGUACAUGAUAUGAUGUUGCUGUCAUGACUCCAAAUGACUUUAAAUGUAUAUAUUUCCUGUGAAAUAGCUGAGGUUUUCCUGACAAAAAAACUAUAUUUUAAUUUUACAAUCAUACAAAUGAUGUACUUGUUACUGAGCCUCUAAAUUCCGCCUGAACUUGAAUAGACAGCUACUGAUGUGAACUUGUCUGCACUGUUUAUAGUUUUUUCUGCUAUGAGCUGCAAAUGGUGCCUCAUGAAAAUGUUUAUCUCAAUAAAAGCAGAAACUACUUAUUUCUAUUGAAAUAAGAUGUUUGCAAGAUAACGUUGGCCCUGCAACACCAUCAUGAAGUGUACGCGGUGAAAACAUUGGUGGAAGGCUGACAUGAAACAUACUUUUUAUUUUAAACGAAUACACUACUGGUUGCCAGUUUUAGAACACCUCAUUUAUAGCAAUAAGAACGUACACACAUUUCGCUGGGACGUCAAAUUCAACCACGUUUAAUAUUGAACAUCCUUUACUGCAAUGUUGUUUGUAAACUCAGCUACUGUAAGACCCUCAAGCCCUAAGACAGUGAAAGGUUUUUUCUUAUGUUUUUGUUUUUACGGUAUGGAGCACCACAAUAGAUUGGAAACCAUUAAAUAAAUCAGCAUGUGGUUAAAGUGUAGCCUUUCAACCUUAAGAGCUGUUACAUAAUACUGAUAUUUACCAUUUAGAAAUUAAAGCUACAAGUACAGUACAGCAUUGAGUGUACCCAAACACACUGACAAUAUAACCAUUUUAACACUUGGAUGAAAUAUAUUUUUGUAAAUGAAGCCCAUGGACAUAAUUAUAAGUAGUAAACAAGAUAUAUUUACAAAUGUCAGUUGAAACACUAAAAAAGUAAAUAGAUAUUAUCCACAUAUAUUAUCUGGAGUUUUAAUUCCUAAACAGUAAAUGCAAUAUUUGUGUUAAACAUAUUCAAUUAAAGUUAUAACUCAGCACUUAAAUUAUAUGCUGAUUUGUUGAUUUAUUUCAAAGCCAUUGUGGUUGUGUAAAAGUGUACACUGUAAAGGCAAAAG